AUGGAUGCUGACGAUCAUGAUCCGAUAGUCCGUGAGCUUGACGUGUACGUGUGCAAUGAAUUUGCCGGCUCCAAGACCCAGUUAGGGUUACUGCAGCAUCCACUACGACCUCCAUGGCGUCCUUACGAUUACGACAAGGUAAAGGCCAUGCGCUUCAAGCCGCAGGCAAAGCGAAUGGAGAUAGACCUGCCGCUCGAUACGGAGUCUCGUAAUUACAAUGACAUCAUAGAAGAUAUAAAAAAGGUCAAAUGCUUUACGCUUCGCUCAACGCUCGCGGAAGAACGUACCAACAUGGCCGUUGGCACCAUCCGUGGGGGAAAGCUCCUCAUCGCGCCGCUGGAUUUCGCAAUUCAGAUGCGCCCGACGCUGCACCAUUUAAACGUCACCAACAACGCGAAGGGUAAAGGCAAAGACGAUAGCGAGGAUGAGGAGGAAGACGAGCCCAAGUUGCACGCCGUGGAGGUGCAGGUCCAGAAGCGCGAGACCGAGCGCCAGGCGCAGGCGCGCAAGAACUCCUAUGCCUACAUCACCCAGAAGGAGGAGGAGGAGGCCUUUGUAAACCUCAGCGUGCAUGGCGAGGAAAGCGAGGCUGCGGUGCGCAUCUGGGACAUGUUCAUGUCCGCCAAGGACGUGGAUCACGCGGCUAGCAAGGUCGACCGAAAAACCUAUCUGCGCACCAUCGUCCCUCCUCCCGGCUCUCAAUCAGCCCCCGGUGCUGCUGGCGGCGGUGCGGCAGCCGCUGCCGCCGCGUCUGGCCAGCCCGGAGCCGCUGCAGCACCGUCGCUCCUGCCCGGCGGCGCUGGCGGCGGCGCCGGUCAGCUCUCCGAAGCCGCUCGCGCCGCUCUUCCCACCGUCCUCAGAGCUCUCUUCAAGGAGCAUUCCGUCUGCAGCAUGGCCAACGUACGGUCUUGGUUGGAUAGCAGCCCAGCAGCGGCGGCGGCGAAGGAAGCAGCGCUUCUGGCGGAUAAGGCCCUCCACGAUGCCGUACUUUCGCUGGGCAAUGUCGUAUCCAUGUACCGCGUGUAUGUGCUUACUAAAACGGGAGACGAGAAGACCGAUCCGCUUCGGAAGUUAGUUCUUGAGCUUCUAGAGGGCAAGGAGUCUUUCAAGCGGUCGGAAUUUAACGACUUGGCGCGGACUAACAACAUGACUUUUUCGGAAUCUCAGUAUAACAAGGUGGUAAAAGACAUUUGCGAGUCGCGUGGAAACACUUGGUACGUUAAGAGCGGCGCAUCGGGGCUUUAA